AUGCCCUCAUACAAAGAAAUAAAAGCAUACCAAGAUGAAGCCGUCGAAGCCUACCGCCUGAGGGGCAAGAUGACCUUUUCCACUGAAGUCAGGGAAUAUGUCUGGAGAGAGGAUGCAAAUCUUUGGUGUCUGACCCUUGUUAACCUUACAACGGGGGAUAUCUCCUAUCACGAGUGCCAAAUACCGUUUGCUGCAACGGGGCAGCUGGUAGAGCCUCGCCCCUGUGACAUCCCUGGUGCUGAGACAUUUCGAGGAGCCAUCUUCCACUCGGCAAGGCGGAGACAUGAUGUGUCUCUCGAGGGAAAGAAGAUUGCUGUGCUUGGGAAUGGAUGCACGGCUGCGCAAAUUGUUCCUGCAAUUGUUGAUAAGACGGAGUCACUCCACCAGAUCAUCCGCUCCAGGCACUGGGUACUUCCAGCUGCCAACUUCACCUACCCUCCUCUUCUCCAAUGGAUAUUCCAAUAUAUUCCUCUAGCCACGACGCUCCAUCGUCUUCAUAUCGUUUUGGUGGCCGGUAAUGACUUUCGUUUAUUCCCAAUGACAAAGGCGGCCGCAAAGCGCCGCGAGAGCCGAAGGAAGGCGACAGAGACGUAUAUGCACGAGACUGCCCCAGAGAAAUAUCAUGACCUCCUAAUCCCCGACUUUGAUGUGGGCUGCAAGCGACGUAUCUUUGAUCCAGGAUAUUUCAAGUCCUUGCACAACGAAAAGGUCGUUUUGAGUGACGCUAAAAUCACCGAGAUAGCUCCGGGUGGUUUAAAAACCAAAGACGGAUUCAUCCCUGCAGAUGUCAUCGUUCUUGCCACUGGCUUCCAAACCAACCAGUUCUCUCCAUACAUGCGCGUGCACGGCAAGGAAGGAACUCUGGAAAUGCAUUGGAUGCGUUCCGUGAACUAUGCUCUUCGCAUCUUGAAGCCAGCCCUCGACGGCACAGCGACCUCAGUUGAACUGAAGCAUACCGGGGAAGGCUGGUGGAGACGAAGAGUUUUUGAGGACAUUCUCGCCGAAUAUCAUGAGAACGCUCAAAAGGUUGAGCAGUCCGAACAAGAUGUGAUUUAUCAGACUUAUGUCUCCCAAAGUCCGGAAUGGCACCGGAAGAUGACCCGACAGCUCCUCCGCAAGGUGGAUGUGCAUCUCCUGCCAUGCCUAAUCGUCAUGUACUUGCUGAACUUUCUGGAUCGGAACAAUUUGUCUCAAGCCCGACUGGGCACUCUGGAGAAGGACCUGAGCAUGAAAGGGACAGACUAUAAUCUCGCGACCAGCAUCCUCUUUGUGGGAUACCUUCUCAUGCAGCUACCGUCUAAUCUCCUCCUCACACGGGUGCGGCCUUCGUUGUUUCUGGGGAUCACAAUGGCCAUCUGGGGGGUGAUAUCAGCCUGUCAGGCUGCCACCCAUUCCUUUACAGGCUUGGUCCUCGCACGAUUCUUCCUCGGCUUUGUGGAGGCCCCGUUCUUUCCUGGGGCCAUUAUGCUCAUGUCGAGUUGGUACACCCGCCAAGAGCUGAGCCAUCGAAUUGCCUGGUUUUACGCCGGAAGCUCAUUGGCCAACGCAUUUGGCGGUUUGAUCGGUGCCGGUGUCCUAAGCAAUCUAGACGGUGCCCAUAACAUAUCUGGAUGGCGAUGGUUAUUCAUCAUCGAAGGUCUCCUUCUGCCGAAUUACCCUGCCACCACAUCCUGGCUUGAUGAGACGGAGAAGUUAUAUGCGCAAUGGCGCCUCAUCCAUGACGCGGGAGAAGCCGACGAAGCCAAGUCGAACAAUCUCCGCGAAGCGCUAUGGCUGGUAUUUUCCGACAAGCGCAUCUACCUGUUCAUCUUGCUCCAACACACCUCGCUCCUGUCGCAGAACUUCCAGUAUUUCUUCCCAACGAUUGUCCAGACGCUCGGCUAUGGGAAUAUCGAGACUUUGCUGAUCACCGCGCCGGUUUGGAUUGCCACCUUUAUUGUCUCUCUUCUAGUGACAUGGUCGUCGGGCCGGACGAACGAUCGCGGUCUGCAUAUUAUAUCGUUGAUGCUCGUCAGUGUAGUCGGAUGCGUGAUCUGUACCGCGACCACGAAUAUCGGUGCCAAGUUCUUUGGCAUGUUUCUAAUGCCGAUGGGCGCCGUUUCCGCCUACCAGAUCAUUAUCGCAUGGGUGGCCAAUUCCUUCCCCCGGCCCCUCGUGAAACGGUCCGCAGCGAUCGCGACGGCAAAUAUGAUUGGCAACACGGCGUCCAUCUAUGGCAGUUACAUGUGGCCAUCGUCCGCCGGUCCGCGGUACAUCGCGGGUGGUAGUGCUACGGCCGGUAUCGCGCUCUUGGUCGCAAUCCUAGCAUUUGUCAUUCGGAUGGUCCAUGCCCGGAUGAAUAGGCGUCUCGACAUGGCCCAGGAGAGCGAUCAAGGUGAAGCUGGCGGAUUGGGAGGAAACCAUACAGGGAUUAGAUACAUCUUUGCCGUCAAGCUUCUGAGCCUCGCACAUCUUGGCAUACAUGCCUCCUUUUCCAAUCAGCUCGCUGUGCGUCCCGGCCUCCACAACCUUGCCAGCGUAGAAGACGAAGAUGCAGUUAGCGUCGCGGACGGUCAAAAGGCGAUGCGCCACCGCAAUGGACCACGCUGGGCUUGGAUCAAUAUGGCCAGCAUACAGGGCCGGAUAUACGAUGACAUCUACAGUCCAGGAGCCCUCAGGCAGCCUGCGCACAUCCGGACGUCUCAUGCCCGGGCUCUUGCGUCGGAGUUAAAAACUGCCAUGCAACAUGCGCAAGCCAUCCACGGCCAUUACGAGGCGAGCAAAGGGCAAGUGCUCGGACCGGAUUACCACGAAAUUGCAAAACGUUCCGAUAGAGCGCGCGGAAAGACGGUGUUCCCGGAAGCAUACAUCAACCGGACCAUCACCCAGUCUCCCUUCAUCCCUUUCAUCAUUCUGUUUUGCCACAUCAUCGAAACGCUCGAAGUCUCAGACCUCGAGCACGUGAGAUGUCUCGUCGAGACGCUCGAAUCUACAUCAAACUCCCGUGCACACGUCACAUGCAGCAAGCAACGUCGCCUCUUCAGGGAGUUGUAUGACGUCGCCGCCAAAUAUCUUGAGGCCAAAUCCCGCGCGGAUGGGGGGCCAGGGGAGAUGUGGUCGAUAGCUCGGCAGGAGGAUGCCGAUUUAGGAAUCAUGGGAGACCCAGGGACCACAAACACUGCAGAUGCCUCUGGACACAUGGCGUCUCAUGACGAAGCUGACGGGGACAGAAUGGGACUUGUCAAUGGGCUGGUCGCGCCCACGGCAUUACAGAACACGGCAUUUGCGGAUGUGGAGGUGGAGGUGGAAAUGGAUCUCUCUGGAGCUCAGCUUUGGGACUGGUUUGCCAAGAACCAGGCCAUUAUGAGGAUGCUUGAGGAUACAUAA